CCCCAACAAGUCUUAGAUCCCUCAACUUAGAUCCCUCUCAAGUCUCACCCCCCACCCCCAACAAAUCUUAGAUCCCUCAACUUUGAUUGGCCCUCUCAAGUCUCACCCCCACCCUAUAGCUUUCUCAAUCUCUCUCCACAUAAAAAUAGGGCCAAGGAGAAAUAGUAGAAGAAACAAGGAGCCAAAGAGAAAAAGAAAGGUCCAACCUUGACAACUCGCCCUUCAUGUUAGGUUGGUCCAAAAGAGUGAAUGGGUCGGGUAUAGAUUGCUUGAGCUCUCUUGAAACCCCCCAGGAGAAGCUUGUUGAUUUUAUAGUUGGGGUUAAAGGCUAUAGGAAGGAGGUUGAGGGAGAAAGAACCAAUGCUGAGACUGCGGUUUUGUUUACUAAAUUGGUUGCUCAUUUGCUUGAAGAAUCACACAGCCCUAGGUGUUCUAUCCAGAUGCCACCCAGGAUUGGGAAUGAUAAACCAGUUAAUUUGCUUAAGCUAUAUCUUGUUGUGAGGGAGAGAGGUGGGUAUGGGGCAGUUUCGAGGAGUGGUUUGUGGGAUGAAGUUGCUAGGGAAUGUGGGUUCGAUUUGCCGUCUGGGGUUCCUUUGAAAUUGGUUUAUGCCCAGUAUUUGAAUGCACUUGACAGGUGGCUGCAGAAGCAAUUAAAGGAGCCCAAGAGUCCGGAAAGAAAUAGUGGCAUUGAUGUUGAUGGGAUAUCAAUGGACAUGGACUCCAGCUUCAUGAACGUUAUUAGGACGAUUUUGGAAGUGAAGACAGGCAAGAAGAAUGUCAACUCUGCUGACUUAGAGAAUUCUAAUAUUGUUGAACCAUCAGUAACUGUCAAAACAAACGUCACUGUAAAACAGGAUGAUAAUUGGCCUGCUACCACUUUUCUUAAGGAAGAAAAUACCAUAAGCAGAAAGAGGAAACAUGAAUCUUACCUUGAUAUGGUAAAUUGGGUACUUACGGCUGCAAAGGACCCUUGUAACACAUCAAUUAGGGAAAUACCGGAUGUUUCCGACUGGAAUUCUUAUGGGACUGAUACGAUUUGGAAGCAAGCUCUGUUGCUGAAAGGAUUAAUGCUCUUGAAACAGAACACUGAUUCAAGUUGCCAGAAUUCUGUUUUGCAGGCAAGCUUGUAGUUUUUGUCUUGCUCUCUUGCACUCUCAGUAUGAUAUCAGUAGUCACUGUUAAUCAAGAAAUACUUUACACUGAUUCACUCUCAUUCUGAGAAAUAUAUUUGGUAAUCUUGGGUAUUCUUAAAUGAACUUAAUCUGUAUGCACAUAGCAUCAAGUGUUUGCAUAUCUGCAUGCAUACAUGCUUCAUGAUUAUUGACCAUCUUACUGAUGAAAACGAUGUGUCUAGUAUUUUCGCCUGUGUUUGGAAUCAUAUGUGUCUUAUUUAAGGUCUUGUAGCUCAAAUAUGAAACAUGGCCGGCGCAUAUUCUUUUAUCAUGUUAUUAUGUUCUACUAGUAUAAUCUUUAUAACUACUGGAUAUUUUUAUUAUGAGUGCGAUAUUGUGUAUUCCACAUUUUUGUAGUCCAUAUGCUUAUAGUGCUUAUCAGGAGAUGUAGUAUAGUCCACAUUUUUGUAGACCAUCUAUUAAAUGCAUCAUAAUGCUAUAGUAUGGUCCUGGCCUCCUGGGUGUGCAUGCAAGCUUUGUAAAUAUUUGGGGGCUGUUAGCUUGUAGUCAGAGUUUAGGACUACUCUUUUAGUACUGGAGUUUUAUUUCUUUUUAUGUUAUAGUUAGUUAAGGCAUUAUGAGCCUUGGAGUGGUGUGAUUUAAAGACAUCUUUCUGUGUCAAGACAUGUGUAAAUGGUAAUGUUAUAUUAUUUGGUCACAUGGUCUAAAUUUUAAUGUGAUCCAUCCAAUCAUAGAGUAAUAGGCUAUGCUCUUGACGGAAAGAACAUUUUACAUGUCACUGAUAAUCUGAUAUUAUGUUCAACAAGAUUGAGUUCAACCUAAUUUUACUUGAGUAGUUCUAUUUGCACUAUUGUUCAGUAUUUCUUCUAUAUUUUUGAAAACAUUAUAUCUUGAUUUUUUCAUGCAUAUACCCACCGAUUAUUUAGUACGGAGUAAUAUAUUGGUUUGAUUUCAGGAUAUAUACCCGUCCAACUCUUGUUUAUUUCUUUUAAGAAAGUGCAAAUAACAUCACAUUCCCUCCGUCCGUUAUAACUUUGCCAUCUUUACUUUUUUGGUUGUCCUGAAAACUUUGGCACUUUCCCUUUUAAUAAAUUAAUUUGUGGUUCCGGUUAUUUCUCUCUCCUUUGCCCAAACCUAUGUUAUCAAAACCGGACCGGGAAGUGACCCGGCCAAGCUACUGGGUCACGGGUCAGCGCCAGAAGUAUAUCUACAAAAUAUACUCCGUAUAAUAUUAUAUAAAUUUAAAAUAAAAGGUAUUUAUUCUUUAGAAUAAUCAAAUAAUUUUAAUACUUAGUAAACAUUGAGAACCCAAAUAUAGUGUUCGAAAACAUAGUUUUAAUCAUAUUUGAAACAAUGAUGUUAUUUAAUAUCUAGAAUAAAUAUUAAAAUAUAUGAUAUAUUUUUCCAAAAAAUUAAAUAUGGAUAUAAUUACAAUAUCUUAGAGUUGUAUAAGUACUUAUAUUUAUAAUAUUUUAUAAAAUAUGUGAGUAUGAUAAUAGAAAUAAUAUGCAUUAGUAUAUUUAUUAUGUACUCCCUCCGUCCCAAUAUAAAAAACACACUUUCCUUUUCGGUCCGUCCCAAUAUAAAAGGCACAUUUCCCUUUUUGGCAAACAAAACAGUGCAAAACAGUGCCAAACAGUGUCCAAACAGUGCCAAACAGUGUCGAAACAGUGCCAAACAGUGUUCAAACAGUGUUCACCCUUAAAAUGUCUAGAAACGCAAAUGUGCCUUUAUAUUGGGACGGAGGGAGUAUUAGUUAAUCAUAAUGGUUACAUUCAAAGUAUCAUGUUGAUAAAUAGGAAAGGUAUUGAUGUUAUAAAUCUUUUUUAGACAUGGAAAUGAACAAAUCGUCAAGGUAGCAGGAUGGGCAGUCGUUUGAAGAGUCUGGUAGUGCGCCCGGGAUCGAUUCCCGUAUCCUGCGAUUAAUUUAUUACAUGAUCUUCGGAUCAUAUAUUUUGGGUCAGCCGAGUUUAACGGGUUUUGGCCGUAGCGAGUCCGGGCCGGGUGCUGCCAGGUUACUGGAUUUUUCCGGUUUUCACCCUAUUAGCGGUUUGAUGGGUGGCCGGACCGGAUUAGGCUCUGGGUCGGGUUUCCAGGUCAACCUGGCCGGUCCGGUCUGGUUCUGGUAACAUAGGCCCAAACCUCAACCACAUAGUUUUCUUUAUUAUUCUCCGUGCCGGUCAAACUUGGGAAAGUUUUAAGGGACAUAGGUAGUACUUUUAAAUAUUUUCCUCUAUUUGGCCUUUAUGCUGUUUGAAGAUGGCAUGGAGCUUCUAUUUGCUUAGUUGGAAAAUGCGAAUUUAGUUUCAAUCACAUACAUCAUAUUUACUCUGCGAUUUAUGGUAAUGUUGUUUUUAUGAAUAUUCCAUAAUGUUUCACACCAAUCUCCUGAUUUGAUUAUAUUGUUGUUAUGAAAUUUCUCUUUAUUUGUAGAAAUCACAGAAGAUGCACCCCACAAUGUAUGAGGACAAGAGUGCUCUUUCUGAUAGAGUGAGAUGCAGCCAAAGGCUUGUUGCUCAAGAAGAUUCUUUCAAAAAGAAACGCACACAGAUUUCUUCCAUAUCAUCAACUGCAAGUGUUCCCAGUGCUGAUGAUCCAAUUGACACACAGAACACACCUACACAAGAUUUGGAUGCUGGUCGUUGGUGGAACCAGCAUCGUAGAAAGCGGACACCCGUCGGACGUAAUUUCCAAGCAGAAGUACCAGAGUGGACGGGUGAGAUCAUAGAAAGUGAUUCUAAAUGGUUGGGACAACAAAUCUGGCCUUUACCAAAAGGUGAGAAGCGUGAGAUGUUAAUUGAAAGAAUCCCUAUUGGAAAGGGAAGGCAAGAAAAUUGUGGCUGCCAAAACCGAGGCUCCUAUGAGUGUGUUAAGUUCCAUAUUUCUGAGAAAAGGACAAAUUUGAAAUAUGAGUUGGGCUCUGCCUUUUAUCUAUGGAAACUUAAUUGUACCGGUGAGGAUGUUGCAACUUAUUGGACCAAAGAAGAAGAAAAGAAAUUUAAGGAUAUAGUAAUAGCAGGCUCUCCUAUAUCAGAAAGCAAGUCUUUCUGGGAUGAAAUAUUUAAGGAGUUCCCUAAAAAGAGUAGAGACGCGUUGAUAAGCUACCACUUUAAUGUUUUCCUUCUCAGGCGCCGAGCUCACCAGAAUAGGUUCACACCUACCGAAAUUGACAGUGAUGAUGAUGAAGAACAUUGUGGUCCAAGGGCAAACUCUUUUGGCCGGGAACCUACUAAGCCUUCCAACCCCAUUUUCUCCUCAUCUAAAAAGUGAGCUUAAGAUCCCCACACAGUACAUAUGGUCUUCCGUCUUCCAUUGACUUGUUUGUAGCUGUAAAUUGCAGAAAAUUCUUAAAGUGCUUCUACUGUUGAGCAAUUCUUUCUUUGGUGGGAAUAGGCUUGAGGGUGCGGAUGCAAACAUGAUAGCUAUCCUUAUUCACAUAUACCAAAAUUCCUGAUAGCAGGAGGAAAUUUUUGCAUUAUGCUUAUGUGUCCCAAUGGUUUACACCAGUGACUGCUCUAUAAAGAGUUACUACUGUCUACUGUAUUGUUUUUUCCCUCUUGAAGCAUAUUUUUUUAAAAUUAUUUAAUGGAAUUUCUUUCUUUAAA